CUUCUGACUGUCCUGGUCGCCAUUUAUUUGCAGACACCGAGAUUCAAUCGGCUCUCUUUGCACACUAUUCUAUUCCACUUUUCUUUGUAAAAAUUCCUCAUAUUCAAACCUCACCAUCAAUAUUAUUGAUUUGAUAUAUCGCAGUGUUAAUCUACAACAAUGGUGGCUCUGUUCGCCUCCGCCACCGCACAAACAACCUUCCACCACCACCAGCAGCCAUAUCUAUCAUGUAGUUCUUCAGCUUCAACAGUGUGUGUAUGGAGCUCGUCCGCGAAGCUUCACCACUCCGCUGGAUUAUCCUCAAACCAUUCCAAUUUUCUGAGCCCCUCCUCCUCCUCCUUCGCCAAUCUCAAAUCCCAUGAAAUUGUUCAUCUUAGGACCAAUCGGAGCAAGCCCUUCCUCGUUCGGAUGUCCUGGGAUGGUCCGCUCUCUUCUGUCAAAUUGAUCCUCCAAGGCAAAAACCUCGAGUUAAGUGAUACAGUCAAGAAGCAUGUGGAAGAGAAGGUGGGGAAAGCUAUUCAAAAGCACAGCCAUUUAGUGAGGGAAGUUGACGUUAGGUUUUCAGUUCGAGGCGGGGAGUUAGGAAAAGGCCCAAAGAACAGGAGAUGUGAGGUGACUUUGUUUACUAAAAAACAUGGAGUGGUUCGGGCUGAAGAAGAUUCAGAUACUCUCUAUGGGAGUAUAGACUUGGUAUCAUCAAUUAUACAGAGGAAGUUGAGGAAGAUUAAGGAGAAGGAAUCAGACCAUGGUCGCCACAUGAAGGGGUUUGAUCGAUUGAAGGUGAGGGACCCUGGAACCCUGUUAAUGGAGAAUGAUUCAGAGUCUGAAGAAGAAGAAGAAGAAGAAGAAGAAGUAGACUUCACCAAUGAGAUUGUUCGUACGAAAUACUUUGACAUGCCGCCUUUGACUGUCGCUGAAGCUAUUGAGCAGCUGGAAAAUGUUGAUCAUGACUUCUAUGGUUUUCGAAAUGAAGAAACUGGUGAGAUAAAUAUCGUAUACAAAAGAAAAGCUGGAGGCUAUGGGCUUAUUGUUCCUAAAGGGAAUGACAAAGCUGGGAAAUUAGAGUCCAUGGUGGUUGAACUGGAUAGAGAACCCUCCCUCGCAGAAUAGAUGGUCCUCGCGAAGAAAAGUCAUUUUGUAAGAUAUUAGUAUGAAGCGUUUAAACAUGUUUUUAUGGAUUGUAAUUUUUUGCAAAGAAAAAAGAUAUUAGUAUGAAGUGUUUAAGAUGUUUUUAUGGAUUGUAAUUCUUGGUAAGAUGAGAUGCUCCAUCAGGCGCAUAAACACUUAGAACUAGCAAAGAGUUCUGUUAUCUCUAUGAAAUAGUUAAAAUACGUGUAUACCAGUUGACCAUUCAAGUUUUUGCCUUCGUUA